GAGCCACAUCCCCAGCCCUGUUUGCCAUCCUCUUUCCAAGACCUGGGAGGGAGUCUGCCAGUGUAUUCUGCACUGGGUGAACGGAGGAAUGGCAGCAGCUAGGACCAGCCUGGGCCGAGUCCUCCCCGGAUCCUCCAUUCUGUUCCUCUGUGACAUGCAGGAGAGAUUUCGUCACAGUAUCGUCUACUUCCCACAGAUUGUCUCUGUGGCUGCUCGAAUGCUCAGGGUGGCCCGACUGCUGCAAGUCCCAGCCCUGCUGACAGAGCAGUACCCACAAGGCCUAGGCCCCACAGUCCCAGAGCUGGGGGCUGAGGGCCUUCAGCCAGUAAGCAAGACCUGCUUCAGCAUGGUGCCCACCCUGCAGCGGGAGCUGGACAGCCGGCCCCAGCUUCAGUCAGUGCUGCUCUGUGGCAUUGAGGCCCAGGUUUGCAUCUUGCACACAACUCUGGACCUCCUGGAACGGGGUCUGCAGGUCCACAUUGUGGUGGACGCCUGCUCCUCACGCAGCAUGGACCCCUGCCCUCUCUUCCUCGGACUUGCUUACAGUCAGGUGGACCGGCUGACAGCGCUGGCCCGAAUGAGGCAGAGUGGUGCCUUCCUCUCCACCAGCGAAGGACUCAUCAUGCAGCUUGUGAGGGAUGCUGCCCACCCCAAGUUCAGGGAGAUCCAGAAGAUCAUUAAGGAGCCCGUCCCGGACAGCGGGCUGUUGGGCCUCUUCCAAGGCCAGAACCCCCUUUUCUGAUGAAUCUCCAGCCCUAACUUGAGGGGAUACCACCCUCCUGUUACCCCAUGGAAGUGCUCUUCCCCCAUCCCUGUAUCCCAAGAGUGGUGCCGUCCACCAGAGGUACCGCCCCCUUGGGAGGGGAGGCGUGGUUAUGCCUUCCCAUUGGGCAAUUCUUCCCGGAAAUGCAAAUGAAAUUCCUGGGAGCUGGGCGGGAAUUGGCUGAGAGCGAGGUGGGGGUGGGGCUGGGCCCCGGGCCACUUCAAGGGCCUGAACGGGGAGGGGGAAAUAGUAUUACAGACUGGGACCCGGACUCGCAGAAUAAACAUUGAUGUGGCUGUA